ACAGGUAUGGUUGAAUACAAAGAAAAAAUCUUCAUUUAUGAUGGUUUUUUAAACAAAUGCUUCUAUGGUACCCAGGGAGAGACAACAUGGACAGAAACUGUAAAUUGUAUGGAUACCAGUGGAAUAAAGGCGUCUUCAAUCGUAGCUGUUGGUCAAUAUAUCAUUAGUACUGGAGGAGAUAUUGCAAAUCAACGUACUGAUAAAAUUUACAUUUAUGACGGAACUAAAUGGACGGAAUUAGCAAACAAACUAACUUCUCAAAGACGAAAUCAUUGUUCUGUAGCCACAAGCGAAACAACGAUAGUUGUGAUGGGAGGGCAGGGUAAUGGUAGCCCAAGUAGACUCAAAACUGUAGAGGAAAUUGAUAUUGAUGGAAAUUCCAAUCCUCUACCAAACUAUACUUUCUCUCAGCUCUUAAAAUUGAAAUGUCACCAGUGCAGUGACAUAAAUUCAGAUGUACUACUUUUGUAA